AUGGCUCACUUGACCUAUGGCUCAUACCAUUGUCAGGGAGUGCAGAUUGUCCCAUUCAAGACCUCAAUGACUCCAUUGAGCAUGUUCUUGCUUCAUGGGAAUCUGGAGAUUCAUGUGAAGGGAGCCAAGAAUCUCCCGAACAUGGAUCUAGUCAACAGUAGCAUAGGUGACAUGAUAGGCACUUUUUGUGGAAAAAUCCAAACAAGUGACCCUUAUGUCACAGUUGCCAUAUCUGGUGCUGUAAUCUGCAGGACUUUUGUGCUAAGAGAUGACGAAAAUCCCGUCUGGGACCAGCAUUUCAAUGUCCCAGUAGCACAUUACGGCACAGAGGUGCAGUUCAUCGUUAAAGACAACGAUUUUGUGGGAUCUGAGAUCAUAGGGGCUGUUGGGAUACCUAUACAACAACUAAUCACUGGGGCUCGAAUGACUGGAGCUUACCCCAUCAUUGGUGCGAAUGGGAAGCCGUGCAACCGGGGUUCUUCCUUGAGCCUAUGGAUUCAGUAUAUACCAAUGGAGUAUCUGCCGAUUCACCAUGAAGGUGUGACAGGUACCUAUUUCCCUCUUAGAACAGGAGGAACUGUCACACUCUACCAAGAUGCUCAUGUCCAUAAAGGUUCACUUCCUGAUGUGGUGUUGAGUGAUGGCACAGUCUAUAAAAAUGGUAACUGUUGGCGCGACAUAUAUGACGCGAUAUCUCAAGCCCGUUGGCUAGUUUACAUCACAGGAUGGUCUAUUUACCAUAUGGUUCACCUCGUUAGGGACGAUCCUCUUGUGACCAACGGUAGCUUGGGUGAGCUUCUGAAGGCCAAGUCUCAAGGAGUGAGAAUACUUCUCUUAGUUUGGGAUGAUCCAACUUCCACAACCAUAUUUGGAUAUAAAACGGAAGGGGUUAUGAACACCGGGGAUGAUGAAACGAAACGCUAUUUCAAGAAUUCGUGCGUUAAAGUACUGUUGUGUCCCAGAAGUGCUGGGAAAGGCAGCAGGGCUAAAAAGCAGGAAACCGGAACAAUCUACACUCAUCACCAGAAGAGUGUGAUCGUAGACGCGGUCGCGGGUAACAACAGAAGAAAAAUCAUAGCAUUUGUUGGAGGACUUGACCUAUGCAAGGGAAGAUAUGACACUCCAGAGCACCCAAUCUUCAGCACAUUGCUAACUGUUCACAAAGAUGACUAUCACAAUCCCAAUUUUGUGACUAAUAAAAGUUUUAGUGGUAAGAUGGUGGUGAUGGAUGCAGAUAUAUGGAUACAGGAUGUCACUUUGGAGGCGUGGUAUGAGAAUCCGGAGAGUUUGGAAUGCGUGAGACGAAGAAGAUGGAUGGGGCAACUCAACUGGCAACAGUUUUGA